AUGGCGACAGAGAAACCCACAGAAGUGCCGGCAGGCUUCAAGCUUCACACCGAAAAUUCAACCCAUAUCUUGCUCCCCGACAACAAUGAAGCUUUCUUGAACCCUGUUCAGGAAUUCAAUCGUGACUUGAGUAUCGCCUGCAUACGGGUUUGGAGCGAGGAGCUCGACAAAUUCAAGCAAAGCAGAUGGCAGGCCGCUCAGGAGAGGAAAUCUAAAGCCCCGGCCAAGAAGGCGCGAAGAACUGAAGAUGUAACUGAAGCAACGUCUUCCAUGCCAACUGAUUCCACCACAGACGAGGCCAAGGACACUACAGAGCCUCAGGAAUCAGUACAUAAAGAGCCAAAAUACCACCCUUAUAAAUUCACUUUGCUGGAGGCACUCUCUGCCACGGGUCUUCGUUCUAUUCGAUAUGCCAAAGAGAUACCCCUGCUCAAAUACGUUAUUGCUAACGAUUUAUCCCCCUCUGCCGUUGAGGCCAUAAAGCGGAAUGUUGAUUUGAAUGGACUUGGCGCUCCUACCCAUCCAGACGAGUCUACACCACCCAAGAAACCCAAGGUUCAGAUCAAUGAAGGAGACGCAUGUGCGUUGAUGUACAACCAUCGAACCGAGAAUGCAAAAGUUGAUGCCGUCGACUUGGAUCCGUAUGGUACUGCGGCUCCGUUUAUCGAUGCAGCCAUUCAAUGUGUAAACGACAAUGGUUUGCUCUGUAUCACUUGCACGGAUCUGGCUGUGUUGGCUACCACAAACUAUCCAGAGAAAUGCUACUCGAACUACGGCGGUAUUCCGGUCAAAGCAGAAUAUUGCCAUGAAGCCGCCCUACGGUUGGUUUUGAACACUGUGUCGACGUCAGCAGGAAGAUAUGGCCGUUAUAUUGAACCAAUGCUGUCCCUUUCGAUCGAUUUCUACGUGCGCAUCUUUGUUCGGGUAAAGUCCGCUCCUCUGGAAGUCAAAAAGGCUGCAUCAAAAAUAUCUAUGUAUUACAUAUGCUCAGUCUGCCAAUCGUUCUACGAGCAGCCUCUAGGAAGGGUCGUGGAGAAAGUCCACGAGCCAUCUGGCAACAAAAACUACUUGUUCAAAACCCACGCAGGUCCCCCUGUCACCGACAAGUGCCCCGAAUGCGACUCUACCUUACAUCUUGCUGGGCCAAUGUGGUCUGGACCUUUGCAUGAUCCUGCAUUUGUAGGCCAAGUCCUGGAGCAUCUUGAGGCUAAUCCGACGCACUAUGGAACCGCUACCCGAAUGAAAGGGAUGCUCACAGUCGCCAAGGAGGAGCUGGACACACCAUUCUUCUUCACGCCCUCAAAAAUUGCCAGUUACUUCCACUGCAUUAGCCCACCGCUGGAAGAUAUUGCAUCUGCGCUCCUUCAUGCUGGACAUAAGAUUUCACGAUCGCACGCCGUCCCAGGUUCGCUAAAGACCACUGCCACUAGGCACGACGUCCAUGAUAUCUACCGGUCGUGGGUCAAGCUUCACCCCGUAAAGAUGGAAAAUAUAUCCCCUUCCUCUCCUGCCCGAGGGUUGCUAGCAAAGGAACCUAGCUUUACUGCGAACUUCAAGAAACACCCAGAUUCAGUAACCCCUUCUGCAAAGGUUAAACUGGUCCGUUACCAGCAGAACCCCACAGCCAACUGGGGGCCGGCAGCAAAGGCCGUCUCUAAAACGAAACGGAAACGAGACGAUGAGUAG